AUGGGACAGUGCACUCUCAUCAAGUUCACAGGCAACACAAAACUGGGAGGAAUGCCUGAUACACCAAGUGGUGCCAUUCAAAGGCUGGAGAAAUGGGCUGAGAGGGGUCUCAUGAAGUUCAACAAGAGGAAAUGCAAAGUCCUGCCCAUGCAGGGAAAUGACCACAGGCACCAAUACACACUGGGGAACAACUUCCUGGAAAGCAGCUCUGCAGAGAAGAACCUGAGGAUCCUGGUGGACAAUAAGCUGAUCAUGAGACAGCAAAGUGCUCUUGUGGCAAAGAAGACUGAUGGCGUCCAGUGCUGUGUUAGGCAGAGACUUGCCAGCAGGCUGAGGAAGUGUCAAGGCCUCCAAUUUGUGUCCAGUGUACCCAAAUGCCAUUUGGCUGAUGUGGAUCAAACCAAGAUUUGUUUCUGCUGUGAAGAAUCUCAACUCGCUAAAUGCCCGGAAAUAGAGGCCGCGCUGACCCUAUACCACAUGAAGUCAUGCAGUGCUGCUCAUCUUCUCCUCAAGAAAGUUCUCUUCGCUCUUUGUGCCCUAAAUGUUCUUACCACCACAAUUUGCUUGAUAGCGGCUGCCCUGCAUUACUUACAGAUUCUUACAAGAAGAAGAUCUUGCACAGCUGAACGUCAGGUUGAAGACCAAGAUAACAAUUUGGAUCCUGAUGAUUUUGUCCCACCUGCGCCGCCUCCCUCCUAUUUUGCAACUUUUUAUUCUUCUAAUCAAGGAAUGAGUCACAGGAUGCUUGGCUCUGAUGUGAUUCCAUUGCCCCAUAUUUAUGGAGCGCGAAUUAAAGGCAUUGAAGUGUUCUGCCCUCUGGACUCACCUCCUCCUUAUGAAGCUGUGCAGAGCCAGAACAGCUCUGAGCAGGAGGAUCCAUUACAAAUAGGUGUUGUGGAAGCUGUUAAUUCGGGGGAAGUGAGUGACAGACAGGCAUCUCAAGGUGAAGAAAUUCCUGAGUCUUCCAGCAGAGUGAGCCUUUCACCUUCAAAUGCAAGUGUGGUGCCCGCAGAAGGAGCUGGCAGGAGAACCUUCAAUUCCUUGCUGAGAAGGUCUAAAAGUGACCCUGUGCUGUACAGCCACGUGCUUCAAGGGACAGUGCUCAGCUGUGAAGCUGCCACGCAGACUGACAGAAAGCCACAGCUCUGUGCUGUCACCUUGAGGAAGAGUUUGAGAGGAAGAGUUUUGAGGGGAAGACCACGAUCUUUGGUAGACUACAAGUCUUACACAGACACUAAACGCCUUGUGAAGUGGAUCCUAGAGCAGUCCUGCAGCGUGAGCCCUGACGUAGACAAAUUGGUGGAAGAUAUCAAGUCUGUUUUAAAAUCAGAUGAGAAACAUAUGGCAGAAGCUAUCACCAGUGCCACCUUCCUUGAGCAGGUGAUGGCACCUGCCCAGCAAGCCAUGUCAUUGAGUGCCCAUGUAUUGCGUUUGAGACAGCAUCCUGAAUUGAUGCACCUGGAGAGCUGUGGUGACCUGAGCACUUUCACCACAGCUCAUCAGCCAGCGGAGAGGAGAAUCCGGAAAGCGGAGCAUGAACGGCCUCACAGCGUUAUUGGCGUUGUCAGGGAAACUGUACUUUGA